AUGAAUGACGACUUCGCCGACACCGCAUCUCAACCUGGUACUAUUCCCGAUGAAGAAGUCGCUCGGUGGCUGUUACAAUUCCUUGGCAACUUGUUGACUUCGGCCCCCUCUGAAAUCACUGGAUCUCGUCCUGAGACUGACCCUACAUCGAAAAACGGGUCACUGGAACUUUUUAUCCUUGGAAAGUGCAGCGGUAGCUUGGCCGAGUGUAGGGAACAGGAGGGGAGGACAGCUAUGGAAGCGCGUUACCAGCAAGCGGCUGUAAUCAUCUGGCGAGUAGCAACGGGGCAGACGCUGAGUUGGAGUAUCUUGACGGAGAAAUUACUGGAGGUUUUCCAUGGACAUAUUAUAAAGGAAUCCGUCAUAAGAGAUGCAGAUCGAGAACUUCUUAUGAUUUACAUGAACACUUACCGCACGGUCCUCUCACACUGCGUCCAUCGCAACUGCAGCACAGAGAUGGAGAACAGAGGAAAGAUCAGAAGGGUUCCAUAUCCAGCCUCAGGAGCACCUUUAAACGACCUUAAAAAGGCCUAUGCUAGCAUCAGCGGGUUUUACUGUUGGUUCGAUCCACAGCUACCUGGAUGUAAGGGCGCGUUUGGAUCUUGCCCUUACAAGCCUGAGGGGAUCCCGGACCUCUCUGCCAAACAUAUAUUCCUCUUGGACGAGAUCAGAGUGCUUCUCUGCAACAAAGAUGUAAAAGUAAUCUCCCUCUGGGGUUUGUACACUUUCGACCAAAUCACCGCCAAACGAAUCGCACAUGCAGGAACAAGGACAGGCCUUUCAAUCACAAAAGCAAGAGAUCUCAGGCGUUUUGUUGCAUGCGCUCGUGUUAUCAAUCUAGCAACACACAAUUGUGGCAAAUGUCCGGGACUCAAGAGUCUCCCUGUAGGUUAUGGUGGGCUUAACGAUAACUCUACUCCCGUGGAUGCGCAAUCUGGACACGACAAGAAGCUGAAUGAACUGUACAAAAUUGCUAGACAGAUUAUCGAUCGCGUUGAGGUAGAAUGA